GCCCAUCCAGCGCUGCUCGCGCCUUGCUUGCUCUCCACACUCUCCUCUGUCAAGGCACGUCCAUUCCAGCAUGCCGCGCUCCUCGUCGCCGCCUCGAGGCACCGGCUCCUCGGAGCGCACGCCUCUUCUGCGCCAUUCCUCCGCCUCGCCCUCGCGCUCGCCUGGCGUCUCCACGCCCGCCAAGCGGCCCUCCAACGAUGCCUAUCUCUCGCACAUCGCCACGCUGCCCUUCUACCGGCGCCCCUCGGGCCUCUGGCUGCCGCCCGCCAUCUUCCUCCUCGCCGCAGCCGGCGGCAUCGUCAUGGCGCCGCGCCAGGAGCUCAUCACGCAGCUGCUGUGCCACGAGAUGGGCCUGGAUGUGCGCCAGGGCGGGCAGGGCAGCAGCGGCAGCGCGGUGGCAGAGAUGAGCGUGGCAGAGGGGCGCGCAGAGGAGAGGUGGCAGACGCCGAGGUAUACGCUGCAGCAGCAACAACAGGCGCCACUAUUGUCCUCCUCUGCACCGGCGUCACUGCUCUCCUCCUCUGCACCGGCGUCACUGCUCUCCUCCUCUGCACCGGCGUCACUGCUCUCCUCCUCUGCACCGGCGCCCUCUUCGCUCCAAUACUUCGCCUCCAGUAGCACCACCGUCGGCGUGCCGAUGCACGAGCACUGCCGCACCAUUCCCGCCGUGCAGAGCGCCAUGGCGGCGCUCUUUCUGCGCAUCGAGCUGGCCAUGGGCCUCGUGGCCGUGGCGGGCACGGGCUUCUGGGGUGCCCUCUCGGACCGCAUCGGCCGCGUGCCCGUGCUGCGCAUGAGCAUCUUUGGCUUUCUCGUCGCCGACGCCUGCUACAUUCUCCUCACCCACGUGCCCAUCGAGCGCGUGCCCGGCGGCACAAACUUUCUCAUAAUCGGCGCCCUCAUCCAGGGCAUCUUCGGCGGCUUUGCCACGCUGGCCGCCGCCAACCAGGCAUACGUGGCAGACGUCAGCCCGCCGGGCUCCAAGAGCAAGAUUCUCAGCAUCAUCUCCGGCGUCCUCUUCCUCGGCUAUGGCUCGGGCUCCGUGCUCGGCGGCUUCAUCGCCAAGCACACCGGCUCGCUCGCCAUGCCCUUCUACGUCGCCCUCGCCUCGCACGGCACCUACUUCCUCUUCGUCGCCUUCAUUCUGCCCGAGUCGCUCUCGAAGGAACGCAUGCUGGAGGCCAAGCACGACGCCGAGGCGGCAGCAAAAGGCGAAGAUCGCGACGGCAAUCCGUUGCCGGGCGUCAGCGGCGCAAAGUGGCGUCGCAACCGCCUCUUCGUGCUGCUCGCCAUGCCCUUUCAACCCCUCGUCAUGCUGCUGCCCAAGCGUCGCUGCGUCGAAGAUUCCGACACGUCUGCUGCGCCGCAAAACGAAGCCGCCGCCUCGCACAUUUCCGUCUCGCACGUCUCGACGGCGCGCUCGGCGUCCAAGCUCGACUGGAACCUGACGCUGCUGUCGCUCGCCUACUUCAUCGAGGCGACGAUGAUUGGCGUGCUGACGCCCAAAGUCUCGUAUGCGCAGUUCAUGUUCAACUGGGGCCCGCCGCAGCUCGGCCUGCUCAUUACGUUUGGCAGCGUCGCACGAGUGCUCUGCCUGACGGCCGUGGUGCCGCUGUUCAUCAAGCUCAUGCAUCGGCCGAAGAAGACGAUCUCGCUGCCGCAGGACGAGGGUGAUGAAGUGGUGCUUGACGAUGCAGGCAAUCCUCGCAACGCCAAGAAGUCUUCUUCGUCUUCUUCCACCAACGACGAGCGCGUCGCAUUCGCAGAACGCGACACUUCCUAUCUCUCCUCCUCGGCGGCGCCCGAGGAGCUGCACGGCGGCCGCGCCGACUCGCGCGAGCUGUGGCGCAUCCGCGCAAAGCACAUUCGCCUGCUGCAUGACUCGCACUUCGACCGGCGCCUCGCGCUCGGCAGCAUCGCCGUCGACGCGCUCUGCUACACGGCCCUCGCCGCCACGCACGGACAGGGACCCGUGCCGUUCGUCCUCUUCAGCUUUUUGGUCUCGCUUGGCGGAGCGGCGCCGAGUGCGAUGAGCUCACUGGCUCUUGCCCUGCUCGACCACGAGAACGACGCAGGCAAGCUCUUUGCAGCCUGGGCCGUGCUCAACGCACUGGCAUCGGCCAUCUUAGGACCCUCCAUCUUCCUGCCUCUCUUCGAAUACACGACCGAGACUUUGCCUCAGGCCAUCUUCAUCCUCGGCGCUUGCAUCUUCGCGACGUCCUUCUCCAUCCUCAUCUUCGUGCGCGUGCGGCCCACACGCUCCUUGCCUGCGCUUCCGGCGCGUCCAGAAGGCGGCGAAGACGACGAGGAGCAGCCGUCGUCUGCCGCCGCUGCUGCCGCGCAGGGAGAAGGCGCAGAUGGCGAUGCAAGCACGCGAAGUCGAUGGCGCAUGCGUCCGCUCAAUCCCUUUCGAUCGACCAGCCAUGGACCGGGAGAACACUGAGCUUUUGUCUGGCAGCGGAGAAGGGCGCGCACAAGGAUGAAGCAGGAAGGAGCCAGUUUGACGCACGCAUUCAUGUAACAGUAGAGCAUCGGUUCGACAUUCGCCUCACGCCCCGCAAUACAUGAGGCUCUCUCGCAGGCGACUGCAUGG